AUGUGCGGCAAAACCCAGGAUCAAGCCAACGCCACUGAACAGGACUCAGCUGCUGUUGCCUCUGAAAUUGGAGGAAGCGGGACAAAACCAAAUCCUUCCUCACUAGCACCUGUAAAUCUUGAUCACGGUGAUCCUACUGCAUAUGAGACCUACUGGAGUAAGGUAGGUGAAAGGAGCACAAUUACAUUUACGGGAGAUCAGUCCUUGAGUUAUUUUGCCAAUGCCAAGAACUUGUGCUGGUUUUUGGAGCCAAAACUGGAGGAGGAAAUCAGGAGGUUGCAUCAUGUGGUGGGCAAUGCAAAGGUGGAUGAUCAUUUCAUCAUAGUGGGCAACGGAUCAAGUCAGCUUAUUCAGGCUGCCCUCUAUGCUGUAUCCCCUUCUGAUCAACCUCAGCCCACAAGUGUGGUUUCAGCCGCUCCUUACUACUCGGCAUACCAAGAAGUGGCAGAUUUGUUGCGGUCAGGGCUCUACAAAUGGGGAGGUGAUGCUUACAGUUUUAACAAAGAUGAACCGUACAUAGAGAUGGUAACCUCCCCAAAUAACCCUUGUGGGAUGACGAGAGAACCGGUCGUGAACCGGCCUCAAGGAAAGAUCAUCCACGAUCUUGCUUAUUACUGGCCUCACUACACUCCCAUUACCUCUCAAGUUGACUAUGAUAUCAUGCUGUUUACUGUUUCCAAAUGCACCGGGCAUGCUGGUUCAAGAAUUGGAUGGGCUCUUGUGAGGGACAAGGACGUGGCAAGAAAGAUGGUGGAUUUAAUGGUGAUUAGCACAAUUGGGGUUUCUAAAGAAUCCCAACUUAGAGCUGCUAAGAUUCUGGGAGUCAUUUCAGAUAGCUGCUUACUGGAUAAAUCUCCUGGCCUGGAAAACUUCUUUGAAUACGCUCAGCAUCUCAUGGCUGCAAGAUGGGAGAAGUUGAGGGAGAUUGCGAAAGUGAAUGAACUAUUUAGUCUAACCGAGUACCCCUCCGAAUACUGCCUCUUUACCAAAGAGUUCACUGAAGCUCGUCCUGCUUUUGCAUGGAUGAGUUGCAAGUCUGAUAUGGAGGACUUAGAGAAAAUUCUAAGAGGACACAAAAUUCUGGCAAGAGGUGGAAAGCGCUUUGGAAGUGAUCCAAAGUAUGUGAGGAUCAGUAUGCUAAGUAGGGAUCAGGAGUUCAAUCUCUUUCUGGAGAGGCUAUCUUCUAUCCAUGGAAUUACCAGUGGGAAUUGA